AUGUCCUCUGGGUCAUCUCUCUCCCUCUUCCUUUCGCGUCUUUCUAGAAACGAUCCAACGUCGACUGUCCUAUCUAUCUAUCUAUCUAUCUAUCUAUCUAUCUAUCUAUCAAACGAAUUAAAUAUAUCUGACUAUAUUAAUAGUUUAUCAAUUUUCAUACUAAUUCUCAUAGCAAUUUAUUUUUUAGACUAUCUAUCUAUCUAUCUAUCUAUCUAUCUAUCUAUCUAUCUAUCUAUCUAUCUCUACUCUCUGAUUUGUGCAGUUAAUUUAUAUCUAUCUAUCUAUCUAUCUAUCUAUCUAUCUAUCUAUCUAUCUAUCUAUAGAGGCUUUCUCAGUUUUUUUUAUGUAAGGAAUUUAACGACCCUGACCACAAAUAAUCUCUUUCGAUUCCUAUCUAUCUAUCUAUCUAUCUAUCUAUCUAUCUAUCUAUCUAUCUAUCUGCUCAGUUUUCUCGCUCUUUUCAUUCUUCUUCUUCUUCUUCUUCUUCCUCUUCUUCUUCUUCUUCUUCUUCUUCUUCUUCUUCGAUUUUUCAUGUGUACACAUUUCUUUCCAGCACAUCGAUGUCUAAAUAAUACUGCAUUAUCUAUCUAUCUAUCUAUCUAUCUAUCUAUGUUUGUUCAUAUCUAUCUACAAGUUAAUCCCAAAAUUGAUGAGACAGUGAUUAUAAAACAAUUUUCAUCAUUGCUACGAUAA